UCGACAAAGAUGGUUCAGUUUGCACCGAAAGUUGAGGUAAGUACAUAUAUUUAUAUUUUAAUUAUUACAAAAUAAUGUAGUUUCGUUUCCUGUACGAUAACUUAACAAACAAAUCUUUUCCUCUUUUCAUAGAGUUCAUGAGAACCGUUUCACACGUUUCUUUACCACAUGCGCCCCGCCCGUCUACACCCCACCCCUCCACUGAAUUUUUCUGCUAUAAAAGAGCAUGUUGAACCAUAUUCCCACUACAGUGUCACAACGAAUAUUGCGUUGAAAUCAUGGAUCCGCAAGCUUCAUCACAUACCAAAUCCGACAACAAUACCAUCACCACUUGGUGCUGCCAGUGCUGGUUGUCCACCACCACAAGCGGCGGCGGCGGCUGUGACGGUGGCUGUAGCAGCUCCACUUCGCCAUCGUCACCCGGACCACAACCGAUGGCAACAGCAAAGGCACAACAAGACGAUGGGGACAAGGGAAAAACAAACUGCCUAG